AUGGCCGGUUCAUCGCGCGCUCCCGGCGUCAUGAUCGGCCUCUCCCAGCCCGCCUCCGACGGCGACGACGACGAUGUCACGUCAUGGCCGCGGGCGGUGGCCCCGGACGAGACCUCCCCCGGGUCGUCCGCCGUUCGGAAGCCCCGAGGUCGCCCUCCGGGCUCAAAGAAUAAGCCCAAGCAGCCGAUGGCGGUCUCCAGGGGCAGAGCGUCGCCCUUGCACCCCGUGGUCCUCCAGUUCGACGGCGGCUUCGACAUCGUCUCCGGCUUGUCCGAUUACGUCCGCCGCAACCGCGUGGGCGUCUCCGUCCUCAGCGCCUCCGGCGUCGUGUCCGGCGUCUCGCUGCGCCAUGCUUCGGUAGCGGUAGCCCACGGCCUCCAGGCCGUCUUCACCCUGCAGGGGCGCUUCGACAUACUCUCCCUCUCCGGCACGCUGUUCCCUCCGUCGGCCACGGCGUUCCCUCCAGGGCAUUUCUUCUCCGGCACGCUAUUCCCUCCGGGAGUGCCGCAGCCUCCGCCGCUGACGGUUUCGCUGGCAAGUUCUCGCGGGCAGGUGAUCGCCGGGGCCAUGAUGGGAUCGAUGUCGGCGGCGGGACCCGUACUCAUUAUGGCUGCCACAUUCUCCAACCCGGAGUUCCUCCGGCUCCCCAUCUCCGACGACGACAACGAGGCGGCAGUCGUGGACGACGACGACAGCGGCGCAGAUCCAGUGACUCCCCUGGCAACGUCUUUGCCCUCCAACCUUCCCGAUCUCAACGCCUUACCCGUACGACUAUCUCGCAACAGCAUCGUCUCCCUGGCUCAACCCUCCUCCGUCCGGCCUCCGCCGCACGCCCACCCUCCGCCGCCCCGUUAUUAA